GAGAGUGGUUCGGAGGCGGAUAGCGAAUCGUACGGUUUCCUGCAGCCAGUGUCGGCACGGCAAAGGCGAGCACUGCUGAAGGCGGCCGGUGUGCGAAGGAUUGACCCAAGUGAGAAGGACGAGUGCCGUGAGAUUCGCACGUCGCGGGAGGUCUGUGGUUGCACCUGCCGUGGGUUCUGCAAUCCGAACACGUGUGCGUGUAGCUUAGCCGGCAUCAAGUGUCAGGUCGAUCGGCCCAGUUUCCCGUGCGGUUGCACACACGACAGCUGCCACAACACGGCCGGUCGAGUGGAGUUCAAUCCGAAUCGUGUUCGAUCUCACUUCAUGCAUACGAUCAUGCGUUUAAGUUUGGAGGAUAAGGCAAACGAAAUGCGACAAACUAUGCAGCAGCAAACGGCGGCCAGCAGACCAACGCACGGUCUUGCAAAUGGAACUUGCACCAACGAGGUAUCUGUUAGCACUACUACCAACAAGUUACUGUUGACAACGGAUAUUGCAGCAAACAGUAAUACCAGUAGUAGCGGCUAUCUAGGCAGUGCUAGUGAGAAAAAUUGGUCCAGUGGCCCUGUGCGAUUAUCACCUUCUACGAUGACCAUAUUCGAUGGAGCCGCCGCAGCAGGUGCCGGUGGGAUGCAUGCCGGUGACCAUGCUCAUGCCUUACAGCAACAAUCACAUGAACAACGGCUUCAGCUACACCAGCAACUGCAUCAUCUUCAUCAUCCUCAGCCAACGAUGCCGUAUCCUAAUGGUGCCGCCGCAGGGCUGGGUCAUAUCGACCCAAGCGCUCAUCUGGUGUCAUUACAGUCGUCCUAUCAUCAACACCCGCUUACUCAUCACCUAAGCUCCGGCCAGGGUCCCAGUAGUUACCAGGACUACUAUCGUGACUACUAUAUCGGAACAACGACCAUGGAAAUGUCGCAAUUGGCCGCCACACCGCCACCGUUACACUACUACAACAAUUACGUUGGAUCUGGACACAACAACAUGGAUCCGUAUCAAGUACAUCAACAGCAAGUUCAUAACCAGCUUCAUCAACAGCAGCAGCAGCAGCAGCACGUUGCAACAACCAUGGCGAUCGGGCAACAACCUCUAGCGAUUAACGAUAACGCAGCGCUUAUUCACCAUCAGCCUCUCCAUCACGGCAAUAUGCUGAGCACUGGGCACGAUCGGCACGGAUCUUCUUAUGCCAGCGAUGGCACAGACCACACGCUGGUAUCGAACUCGAGUGUGGAAUCUGUUCAUGCGAAGAUCACAUUCCCCGCUACCGGCUCAUCGGCAGGGCCUCCAUCAGAUCCAGCAUCAAUCCUCAAGAUAGAAUGCGAUUCUUUCGAAGUGUCUCGAGCUCAAGAGAGUGAAGAUCUCAAAACAUCGCUGAUCUCAACAGCGGAUAGCAGUGCGCCUGAGAACGGUCUGUCUGAGCGGUUGACAAAAUCCGAAGGUGGCAGCACGAUGUGCGUUUCUAACGUCAAGAAUUCUAGCGAUACAACGUUUUUUGAUUUGACCACACCGAACGCGGGCAACACGGAGCGAUUGGAGGCCAUCAAUGGUAUGUUGGAAUGUACCCGGCACACGGUUAGCAUGGCACAGCGCGCUUCGUUGGCAAUGACGGUUGCCGCCGAAGAUGACAGCGAGCUGCGUGACUUUUGCCAUUCGCCACAGAUGCCCUUACAGAGCGUAAGCGAUGCCCCCGACGAAUCAACCAAACUAUGGGACCAAACUGAGCAUCUUUCGAACGACGAGCAUGCGAAUUGUUCUGAGACCCUCGAGGUGCCCGACGGCAUCGGGGAGCGGCAUGAGAAUGGAAACCAACAGCUUGAUGACGGUGUUGCAGCAGAGUAUCUUAACGGAAGUGGCCUAAUGUUGACGAAAGACGAGAAACCUGACAACGGAGAGGCCGUGUAUCAGAACUCGAAUAAUAGUUCGGAUGAAACGAUUGAAGUGGCACACCCUUCGAGCACUCUUGCAGAGACAAAAGCCCGAGAACCACCUUCGGUAGAGAGUUCACCACUAGUAGCAGUAUCUUCAGAUGAAUUAGUAACGGUACAGAAAACAGAUACGGUGGUCAACGUGGAGGAUUCGGCGGAAGCUGGUGUAGACUCAAACGAAAACCUUAGCGAGAUUAUUAAGAAUAGUAUUGUUGAAACGGCUGUCUCGCACUGAGAUGCCGUGUGCAUCCGUCGCAUUACUUCUUGCAAGUUGUACCACAUUUUUGUUUAUGUGAUUUGAAUUCGGUCCGAAAUUGCCUAAUAAGAACAAAUCAUUUCAUCCCGUUUUUGUUGUACUGGCAAUGGUCAGCUUUGUUUAAGGUACUUGAAGUAAAGCCUCUAUCGACUGCGUCGAUACCGCCAGACGACAGGCAAGGCAUCCGAUAUUUAUGAAAGCUGUCUAGUAGGUGUCGGCGAUUACCCUACGAUUUGGGGACGUUAAUUUUCAUAGAGGAUGAAAUGAAUACGGUAUCGCAUAUCUAGCAUGGCUAACAGACCUUCUGAUAAGAAACAGAAUGAAAAGAUGAAGAAACAUUGUCAACUGAAUGCUAGGUUAUGCUAAAUGAAAUGUACAUAUUUUUGUCGCGUGUUUGAGUGAUCUGCCACUCAAAGAGAUCAUACGGUUGCUCUCCAAUGGAGGAGAGGGAUGGUGGAGUGGACAACCACAGGCAACAUCGCCCCAUCCCCUGUAGAAAUCAUGAAUUACCGUCGCGAUGGAAACAAUGAAGGGACCUGAUCUUGGUGCCCUCCAGUGUAGCCACUGAGACGUUGUACCUAAGUGUUUUGUAAGCUCAUGGCGGCGGUGAAAUAAGAAUGCGCAGAUUGUUCGAAGAGUGAAAGUGAAAUGAGUUGUAAACUAGUAUCAUCCAUAUAAAUUAUGAAUAAAAGAAACACACUAGUAAGAAAACCUUUC